GAACGCUGCAUAGCUGCGUAUGAGAAGAUCCACGCCCGAGGGGUCCUCCACGGCGAACCAGAGCUUCGAAACAUGCUCAUAGGCGCAGACGGGCGCGUGACAGUCAUCAAUCUUCACCGCGCUCGAGCGUUGGUGCCCGAUCCAGAAGCUCAACUUGAAAAAGCGGAAGAGGUCGAUCUUCGGAUGGAGAUGCGUAAGGUCCUGUACAAACUCGAUUAUGGUGACGCGCGGAGGCGAGAAGAGGAUAAGAUGAAUAUUGCAGAAAGGAGGACUUCGAAGAAUCGCUCGAGGCAGAGGAGACGCGAAUGGCGCGCGAAAGGGGAGAGGGUGGGGUAUAUCAGGCCGGAUAUACCGGUACCGGAGGACGAUAUACUCAAUCCUCCACUGUUGAGAGAAGAAUGGGAUAUGCGCUGGGAUAAUGGGAAAGAGCAUGUGCCAAAACGUGUUGUAGUGCCUGGCCAGACGGAAGGAGAGGUCGCGAUCGAAGUUCAAAAUCUUAUU